AUGUAUAAUUUUGCUAAAACUGCUGCAAAAGACCCUUAUAAUUUUGAUAUCAAUUAGAAGACUACAACAGGUGGAACAAAGAAGAAUGACACGGGGGAUAAGAGCAAAAAGUUGUCCAAUAUGGAACCUAAAAGAUUGGCGAUCAGGUUUGAUCCUCCAAUGAUCAGUUAAAAUUCAAUUCAUAUUAACUAGUUGUUGAAUAUUUGUAGCCAUCCUCAGGGAAGUUGUAUCAUCAUAAAAUGAAAUUGCUAAAAUUAAAACCUGAUACCCCUAUUAAUCAUGCUUUGGAGUAUUUAAAGAAGAAGCAUGCUAUGUACUUUAUGAAUAAUAAAAUCCCAGAAAAGCAAUUGUUGGGUAAGUGAAUGUUAUAUCUAUAAAAUAGAGUUAAUUGGAAAGAUCUAAAAAAGAUUACAGAUUUCUAAGCCAACUGCAAAUGCUAAGACAGGUGCUAAUACUACUGCUAAGACAAAUGUUAAUACAAAUGCUAAUACAAAUGCUAGUAUACAAAGACCUACAUCCUCCACAAGACCUUUGAGUUCUUCCACUUAAGCAUCUAUGAGUAUGUCCAAAACACAAUCCAAAUUGUAAAAGGACAUUGAAGAUUAUGGUAUGUCUGAAGAGGACUUAUAUAAUUAUGCGAUGAAGAAUUACAAAGGUAAAUAACCUGUAUUGGAGGAUGAUGAUGAGGAAGAAGAUGAAGAUGAAGAAUGUUAUGACGAAAACUAUGAAGAGGAGAAUUCAGAGGAUGAGAUCACAGAGGAGUAAUAUAGGAUGCUUUAUUAAAAAAUGGGUUAUAAUCAAUUGAAUUUAAAUAAAAUGACAAAUGAAGAAUUGAAAAAACACAAAGAAAUUAUGGAAUCUAUGUACAAAAAGAAUUCUGUUAAGCCAGGAGAUAAAAAUUUUAAAUAUGAUGUACAAAAGGAUUUCAAACCCUAAGGUUAAAAUUAAUGGGAUAUGGAUGAUGAAGAAGAUUAUGAUAUAGUUUGA